AUAUUCGCUGAAAAAACACGCAGCAAACAGAGCAAAGAAUAUAAAUUUCCCCAGAUUGGCCCUGUGCGAGUGAAAAAGACUACUACGGCAUGAACCAAUCCGAUCACCGUCUGCAAUAGAAGAGGAGGAAAGAAGGAAGCAAUUCAAGCGGAACCCUAAAACAGAAUAGAUUCUUCUAGUCGAGUAUGGCAACCAAUUCUAAUUCCAGUGUUGGGCUUGAAGUUAGUAACACUCUUCAGUCUAUCUGCUACAAACGCGGCUCGCUUCAUCUCCUCGACCAGAGAAAGCUUCCUCUCGAGACGGAAUAUCUGGUUAUCGGAGAUGCAUCAGAUGGAUGGUCUGCUAUAAGAGAGAUGGUGGUCCGUGGGGCACCUGCUAUUGCUAUUGCAGCAGCUCUCUCACUCGCAGUUGAAGUUUUUAACUUGCAGGAUUUUAAUGGUACAUCUGAUGAUGCUGGCUCGUUCCUCUUCCAGAAAUUGGACUAUCUCGUUUCAAGCCGGCCAACUGCAGUGAAUCUUUCAGAUGCUGCAACAAAACUUAAAGAAGUUAUAUCAAAGACAGCUGCUGCUACAUCAGAAUCCAAGGCUGUUUUUCAGGCUUACAUUGAAGCUGCUGAAAUUAUGCUCGAGGAUGAUGUUGCUUCCAACAAAGCAAUUGGAUCUCAUGGAGCAAGUUUUAUUAAGAACCAACUGAAGAACAUCGAGAGGCUUUCUGUUCUGACCCAUUGUAAUACUGGCAGUCUUGCUACAGCUGGAUAUGGUACUGCCCUGGGAGUGAUCCGUUCACUUCAUACUGAUGGAGUAUUGGAGAGGGCCUAUUGCACAGAAACUCGUCCUUUCAAUCAAGGAGCUAGACUCACAGCUUUUGAGUUGGUGCAUGACAAAAUACCUGCUACUCUUAUAGCAGAUUCUGCUGCAGCUGCAUUGAUGAAAGAUGGUCGAGUGAGUGCUGUAAUUGUUGGAGCAGACCGUGUGGCUGCAAAUGGAGAUACUGCUAACAAGAUUGGGACCUACAGCCUUGCCUUAUGUGCUAUGCAUCACAACAUUCCAUUUUAUGUUGCUGCCCCAUUGACCUCCAUCGAUUUAUGCCUUUCUUCUGGAAACCAAAUUGUCAUAGAGGAAAGAUCACCCAAAGAGUUAUUAAAUACACGUGGAGGUCUUGGAGAGCAAGUUGCUGCAUCUGGGAUCUCUAUCUGGAACCCAGCUUUUGAUGUUACCCCUGCGAAUUUGAUAAGUGGGAUCAUAACAGAAAAGGGUGUCAUCACUAAGGUAGGUGCAGAUUAUUUUGACAUCAAGAAUUUCGUAAAAGGUGCAGUUGGGCAGUCUGUUGUGUAGGAGAGGCAUCUGUCACUGCAUAUACCAAUGUGUUAGCAUGUAAGUUAACUGGUAAUUUUAAAAGAAUGCUGGAAUCAGCACCCUGUAUUCUUCGUAAUAAUUGUAACUUUCAUAACUUUCAUUUCCUUGGAAGUUCUUGGCAAAAAGUUAUGUGGAUUCAUUGCCAACUCUGUAUUAGUUUCCUUCUCCUGUGCGGUGUAGAAAAUAACUGGAAAUUGAAGUUAUAGCAGUUCAAGUAUCUGUCUUCUGUUGGUUCUGAAUCCAAGUUCAAGUUGGAUUUCACAAGUAGACUUCAUUUUGUUUCAAUUUAAAAAAGAAAAUAUGAUUUCUCGCUGA